CCCGGUCCAUCUUCAAUCCCCUUCACGUCGACAACCCGUUACGAUACCGACACGAAGCCGCCCACCAUGUCGUCCAAGGUCAAGGCUGGUCAGCUCUGGGGAAAGAGCAAGGAUGACCUCACCAAGCAGUUGGAGGAGUUGAAGACCGAGCUCAGCCAGCUCCGUGUCCAGAAGAUCUCCAACGGUGCCUCGUCGAAGACCACGAGAAUCCACGACGUCCGCAAGUCGAUCGCUCGCGUUCUCACCGUCAUCAACGCCAACCAGCGCGCCCAGCUCCGCCUGUUCUACAAGAACAAGAAGUACGCUCCCCUCGACCUCCGCGCCAAGCAGACCCGCGCCAUCCGUCGCCGCCUCACCAAGCACGAGGCCACCCUCAAGACCGAGCGCCAGCGCAAGCAGGAGAUCCACUUCCCCCAGCGCAAGUACGCUGUUAAGGCUUAAAUGUAAAGAAACCUUGGGGUUAGGAUGGGAGUUUGUUUUUCUUUUAAACGGGAACACGUCAAUUGUUCUGAAACAAAAAUUGAUGAACGGGUUUGACCUGGCACCUUGUGUGGGAAGGGGUCCGGUUUCCAUCUAAGGGGGGGACAGGGAAAAGGAAAUUAGAACUUGAUUUUUGUGAUCUUAGAAAGAAAGAUGCAGAAUCGAUGGGCUUUUUCUUUUUCUUCUUCUCUUCAAUGAAAGGCUUUACAUG